AUGUGCUCAAUCGGAGUAUUGGAUCUCUCUUCUCCGGCAAAAUUUCAUCAUGGCCAGGAAAAAGCACAGAUUUUUACUCCGACCCAUUUGUGUAAUCCAAAUGGGUUUCUAUUUCGAUGGAGAAAUCCCAUACCUUUCGCUCCCAAACUCUCCAAAUCCGUCAAUUUCGCUUCAUCUUCUUCACGUCUCCCUCUUAUACUCUCUUCGUCGUCUCUUCGUUCCAAUGAUUUCUUCCAGAUUCUCGCGAGAAAAGCUGCGAUUUUACUUGUUGGGUCGUUUAUGUUUCUAGGUUUCUUCUGUUCUUCGAAACCUGUUUUAGCUCUACCCACUGCAACAACUGUGAGCUCUCAAGCGGAGUUAGAGGACGAGGAAAUGUUCGAGAAGCUUUUAGAGAGUGAGCCAGAGAACAUGGAAGCAAUGAAACCUGUUUUGUAUAAGAAGAUGAGGAGAGGAAAAACUGAGGAAGCUGUGAAAUUUGUUGAGAAGUUAAUGAAAGUAGAGCCUCGUGAAGUUGAACGGAAGCUUUUAGAAGCGUUUUGUUAA